UCUUCCUCUAUCUCUUUUCUUUCUCUGUGUUAAUCUCCAAUGGAAGCACAAAAAUCUGGCAACUCUUGAUCUAUCAACUCCAAAAGUGAAGCAAUUGUAAGAUGCAACCAUGGAAUUCCUGCAAAAUUGAGGACAUCGAAAAACAGUGGAAGCUAUGGGAAAAGGUUUUACGGCUGUUCAAUGUGGCCAAAGCAUGAUUGUGAAUUUUUCUUGUGGGAGAGUGGGGCAAUGUUUACAAAAGGGUGCAACCAAUGUGAUGACUUGCAGUCACAGCUAAUGGAACAAUACACAACAGUUUCUGAGCUCGAAUUAGGUUUUAAAAUAUUGGAAGAGAAGCUUGGAAAACUGAAGUUGAAGAAGGAUAGCAUGACAGUGUCUAUGCAUCAAAUGAACGCUGAGAUGAUAAUAAUGCGUGGGGAAAUGCAGAAGACAGCUAGGGGACAGAGAUAUGCUAUAAUGGGGAUGGUUGUUUCAUGGAUGUUGUUAGCUUACUUUUGGAUGUGUAAGGAGUGAAAUUGACAUUAGGAAGUUAGAUGUUUCAUGUAUGUUGGAUCUUUAUGUAGGUGUUUAGGCUGGUUAAAGUGCCAUAGAUGGCUUAUU